GUGAUCGAAUCGACCAAUCGAGCGGCGGCGCGGCGGGGAGAGUCACGUGACGUGGAGGGGUCGUGGCGGACACGUGGCGGGGCGAGUUGGAGUGCCACGCGGUGCCUGUGGUCAUCGUCGCCGCGAGUGAAGUUUCGCUCGUCCAUUCGAGGAUGGCAGAGCAAGGAGAGAGACGUUUUGGCAGGGGUCGCUCCAUGCUGCCUCCAACCGAGCCAAAAGUGCCAGAGACUCCACGUGCUGCCCAGCACGGCCCGGAGCAGCAGCCCACAACGGCAGGGGCAGCCGAUGACCAAAUGCAGGUUCGAAGUAUGGGCCGGAGUAGCACUUUGCUGGCCAGCCUGCAGCACAGACCCCCAGGGGCUCUGGGCCCUGGCCUCAGCUUUUUCGGUCGAGGAAUUUUAUCAGCUGGGAAUGCUGGAAGACAGGUCGCCCAGGGGUUACAGGAAUCAAAACCGUCGGUGGCUUCGUCAAGCAGUGGACCAUACAGAGGUGCAGAAACGGGGCCAAUCGGGAAAGAAGUUAUUAGCUUCGGACGAGGCGUAAUACAGCAGGGACUCCUUGCUGCUCCCGGUGCUACUGCUGCCUUGGAGAGGGAUGAUCAUGGAUUGGCUUUGCUUCCAAGCUCAUCUGGGGUCUCGUAUAUUGGGCCCAGCAGGCCUACCCUGCCAUGUCCUGACAUGGGCCGUUUGGCUCAACAGGAAAGUGUCCUUCAUGCAGGUCGAGGAAUUUUAUCAGCUGGGAAUGCUGGAAGACAGGUCGCCCAGGGGUUACAGGAAUCAAAACCGUCGGUGACUUCCUCAAGCAGUGGACUAUACAGAGGUGCAGAAACGGGGCCAAUCGGGAAAGAAGUUAUUAGCUUCGGACGAGGCGUAAUACAGCAGGGACUCCUUGCUGCUCCCGGUGCUACUGCUGCCUUGGAGAGGGAUGAUCAUGGAUUGGCUUUGCUUCCAAGCUCAUCUGGGGUCUCGUAUAUUGGGCCCAGCAGGGCUACCCUGCCAUGUCCUGACAGGGCCCAUUUGGCUCAACAGAAAAGUGUCUUUCAUACAGUGUUAGGUGGACGGGGAAGGUCCAUCUCAUCCCCCACGUCCUCUCUGGGACUGCAGGCUCCCUCCGAGACUUCUUGCCAGCCGAAGUCCACUUCGGUGGAAUCGGGCAGCUCGACCUCCCUGGAGUCAACCUUCAGCGAGCUGUCCGUUGCCACGCUCCCUGUCGAGCAACCUAUACAAAAAAUCGGAACCUAUGGGACUCCUCUGGAGAUUGCUACAAAUUACAUCCGUUUGAGGUGCUCCAACGAAGCCAUCUACCAGUAUCAUGUGACAUUCAGCCCUGAUGUGGACAGCACGAAUACUCGCUUUGGCUUGCUAAACGAGCACAAGUCGGUGAUCGGCAACACGAAAGCGUUUGAUGGGUGUGUCCUGUAUCUGCCUCGUAAACUCGACGACAACCUAAACCUCACUUCCAAGCGAAUUUCAGACGGUGUGGAGAUAACCCUGUCAAUCAAGUGCACCAAAAUCAUCAAGCCAGAUUCAGACCUCUGUCUGCCCAUCUACAACAUCAUAUUUAAAAAGAUAAUGCGAUUGCUGGAAUUAAAGUUGAUUGGAAAAAGUUACUUGAAUCCUCGCCAGCCAAUCGUCAUCAACAGAUACAGGAUUCAUAUUUGGCCUGGUUAUGUCGUUGCUGUGCAAAAGAAAGACGGUGGAUUGAUGCUGAUGCUCGAUGUGUCCCAUCGAGUUCUGCGCAUGGACAGCGUGCUGGAGGUCAUGACCCAUCUGUACGAGAGCUGCCAAAGCAGCGCCAACUUUCAGGAGGAGUGCACCAAGGCCUUGGUGGGCCAUGUGGUCAUCACGCGGUACAACAAUCGCACCUACCGCAUCGAUGACAUCGCCUGGGACAAGACACCCAAGAGUACCUUCCUCAAUUCGGCAGGGAAAACCAUGUCUUUUGUUGAGUACUACAAGACUCAGUACGAAAUUACAAUAGAUGACCUUGGGCAGCCACUGCUCUUGCAUCGAGCAAAGCAAAGGAAUCGGACAGAUGAUCAGGUGGUGAUUCAGACCAUUUGCCUCAUCCCAGAGCUCGCCUAUAUGACUGGGAUCACCGACCUGAUGAGGUCAGACUUCAGCAUGAUGAAGGCAAUAUCUGAGCACAUGCGCCUUGGGCCAUCCUUGAGACACAAUUCUCUCAUGGAGUUCAUCAGCAAUGUGAAGAGGAAUCCUGAAGCCCAGCAGGAGCUCUCAAACUGGGGCCUGCAAAUGGACAGUGACAUUUAUAAGUUGAGUGGCCGCCAACUGCCGCCUGAGAUUAUUCGACUGCAGUACAAGGCCUUCGCGUUUUCGCCUGAAGCUGAUUGGACGCGCCAUAUUGUCAACACCCCCUGCAUCACAGCCGUGGCGAUGAAGAACUGGCAGGUGCUCUGCACGCACCGUGACUCGUUUCUCGUGCACGAGUUUGUGACCAUGAUGUGCAACGUGGGGCCUCCGAUGGGCCUCGUACACCAAUUACCCAACAUAAUAGAGCUGCCGAACGAUCACACCAAGACCUACAUCGACUGCAUCCGCAAGAACUACAGCUACUCCCAGGGCGUGCAGAUGGUCAUGUGCAUCUUUCCCACAUUACGGGACGAUCGCUACAGUACUGUGAAGCAAGUCUGCUGUGUGGAGCUGGCGGUGCCAUCACAGGUUGUGCAGACGCGCACAAUCAGCCAGCAGAAAAGAUUGCGCAGCGUGGCUCAGAAAGUGGUGCUGCAGAUGAACUGCAAGUUGGGAGGGGAGCUGUGGAUUCUUGACAUCCCGCUGAAAAACCUCAUGGUGGUUGGAGUUGAUGUUUUCCACAACGUGGUGCUCGGAAAGCAAUCUGUGGUUGGCUUUGUGGCCAGCAUGAACAGGUCCGUGAGCCGCUGGUACUCGCGCGUCGUGCGACAGUCAACGUCCCAGGAGCUGGUGGAUGGACUCAAUCUGUGCAUGACCUCGGCCAUUAAGAAAUACUAUGAGCUAAACCACUACCUCCCGGAGAAGAUCAUCAUGUACCGCGACGGCGUGUCUGACAACCAGCUGGCGAUCGUGCGCGACUUCGAGGUGAUGCAGCUGACCAAUGGCUUCAGGACCUUUGACCUGUCGUACCAGCCCAAGAUGCUGGUGGUUGUGGUGCAGAAGCGGAUCAGCACCAACAUUUUUUUGAACAACAACGGCGCCAUGGAGAACGCACCUUCGGGCAGCGUGCUGGACACUGUCGCCACCAGCCAAGAGUGGUUUGACUUCUUCCUGGUGUCGCAACACGUGCGUCAGGGCACGGUUUCCCCCACGCACUACGUGGUGAUCUUCAACAGCCUCAAGCUCAGCGCAGACCACGUUCAGAGGCUAACGUACAAGAUGACUCACCUGUACUACAACUGGUCUGGCACUGUCCGUGUGCCAGCUCCGUGCCAGUAUGCCCAUAAGCUGGCUUCAUUGGUUGGGGAGAAUUUGCACAGCGAUCCAGAUCCAGGCCUGUGUGACAAACUCUUCUUCCUGUAAUUCCACGCAACAAAAAAGCAGCUGGCCAAAGAGGCAAGAUUAUUCGUAAAUUAGUCGUAUUACUGAUUAUCCCUGUUUUUCCCCCCAUGCAUAUCUUACCAGCACAGCUCUUCCAUGUGCUUUUUUUUAUAAUUGGACAAUCUUUUUUUUAUUGAUCUUGAUUUGAAUAUUUCGUGACUUCAGAAAUCC